AUCAGAGUAUUUGUAGAUUGAAAAUACAGAAGGAACAGAUUCCUGUUAUCUCUGGAUAUGGUAUAGAUAGCACUGAGUGCUGCAAGAUGUAUAUUUGCUUGAAUGUAAUCUCAAAGAAAUUUUGAUGUGGGCAUCGCAACUUGGCUACGUGUAGCACUUGAAAGUGUAAGUUUUGACAAUGACAACUGAAGCUGGCUCAGAGACUGAAGUAAAGAAAGAUUCUGAGCAGCUGGGACCAGACAAAGCCAAGGACAAGCCUGAAGAAGCAUCAGAGACUCCAGAAAAUCAAAAGUCCAGGGAAACAACCUCUGAGGAAGCUCAAGAUUCUUCCUCUGUCCCAAUACCAACUAGCCAAAGUAGUCCAAGUAGCCAGAAGAAGGAAAAAGCUUCACCUGAAAGCAAGGGUAUUUCUCGUUUCCUUCCCCCCUGGCUUAAGAAACAAAAAUCAUACACCUUGGCAGAGCCGAAAGAUGAGACCAAGAAAAGGACCACAGGGGAAGAAAAAGUAGUUGAAGAAAGUGAAUGCCAGACAGCAGAGGGAGUGGCUCAGCCAAAAAAGAGCUUAGAAGAUGCAGCGGCUGAAAAUCAGCAUAAUGCUAAAGCAGACGACAAAGAAGAAAAACAUUCUGUUAGUAGUGCUGAAACACAGCCUGCCAAAGAAGAUGGUAAAGAAACGGAAGUAGAGAAAGUUGCAGAGGAAAAGGAAGGAAAACAAGAAGAAAAAGAAAAAAGGGAGACAAAAGAAGUGCAGACAGCUGAAAUUAAAACAGAAAACAUUCCUCAGAAGUCUCCCAAGAAAUAUAAAACUGUGCAGUCUAAAGUGAUGCUUCUGGAUGGCACGGAAUACAGCUGUGACCUAGAGAAAAAAGCAAAAGGCCAAGUACUGUUUGACAAAGUGUGUGAACAUCUCAAUUUACUGGAAAAGGACUAUUUUGGGCUGUUGUUUUAUGAGAAUUCAGAACAGAAGAACUGGCUAGAUUCUUCGAAGGAAAUUAAGAGACAAAUUCGAAGUUUACCUUGGAUAUUCACCUUUAAUGUGAAGUUUUAUCCCCCUGAUCCUUCACAGUUGACUGAAGACAUCACUAGAUAUUUCUUGUGCCUACAGCUUCGUCAGGAUAUUGCUUCUGGUCGACUGCCAUGUUCUUUUGUGACUCACGCCCUCCUUGGUUCAUACACCCUGCAGGCUGAGCUGGGCGAUCAUGACCCAGAGGAACACCGCAGUGACUGUAUCAGUGAAUUCCAGUUUGCACCCAAUCAAACUCAAGAAAUGGAAGAGAAAGUAGCUGAGCUACACAAAACACACAGGGGCUUGACUCCAGCACAGGCGGAUUCCCAGUUCCUAGAAAAUGCUAAGAGACUCUCCAUGUAUGGAGUGGAUUUACAUCAUGCCAAGGAUUCUGAAGGUGUGGAUAUCAUGCUGGGUGUAUGUGCUAAUGGACUGCUCAUUUACAAAGAUAGACUCCGGAUCAACCGCUUUGCUUGGCCAAAAAUUCUGAAGAUUUCCUAUAAGCGAAGUAAUUUCUACAUCAAAGUCAGGCCAGCAGAACUGGAACAGUUUGACAGCACUAUUGGGUUCAAACUGCCAAACCAUCGGGCCGCUAAAAGGUUAUGGAAGGUUUGUGUGGAGCACCAUACUUUCUUCAGACUGGUAUCACCAGAACAGCCUCCAAAAGCGAAGUUUCUAACCUUGGGUUCCAAGUUCCGCUACAGUGGACGUACUCAAGCACAGACACGACAGGCUAGCAACCUCAUAGACAGACCAGCUCCGUACUUCGAGCGCACUUCAAGCAAACGUGUUUCCAGGAGCCUUGAUGGAGCUCCCAUGGGUAUCUCAGAUCAAAGUCUGCUAAGAGACUUCCCUGCUGCUGGAGGGCAGGCUGCUGGAGAUAAAAUCAUCGACAUUGAAGCUGCUGGUCAGGCCAAGUUAAAAGAAGGUGGCAGAGAAGAAGAUGGAAGCCCAGUCAAAACUCCACAAUUAGAAUUGACUCAGGAUGGAAAGAGCAAUUCCUUGAGAGUAGACGGGGAAAAUAUUUAUGUCAGACAUAGCAAUUUAAUGUUGGAGGACCUGGAUAAGACCCAGGACGACUUACUGAAACACCAGGCUAGCAUUAGUGAGCUCAAGCGCAAUUUCAUGGAAUCCACACCUGAACCACGCCCAAAUGAGUGGGAAAAGCGGCGUAUCACACCUCUGUCCCUACAGACACAAGGGAAAAAAAGAGACCACAUUUUCCAAGUGAAAACGCUGCCUGGGAAGGAGAAGCAAUGGACUGCAAUGCCAUGGAUUGCUGGAGCAAAACCAGAGGAAACCGAUAAGAGACAUGCUUCCAGAACAGAAGGGCCUUGUACUGGAGUCAGCGAUGCUGAUAAGAGUUCACAUGAGACUCUGGACAUAGUGGAGGAGAAGAAGCAGGCAGAGGUUGGGAUAGAAGAAACACUAGUCGUAGACGAAACCAACAAAGGGAAUAUGCAAGUUGCCACUGAUGCUGGGGAAACAUGUAAGGUGGAGCAUCUGUCAAAAAAGGACUCUUCAUCAUUGCCAUCAGAUAGUAGCAGCAGCAGCAGUAGUAGUGAGAGUGAGGAUGAAGAGGUGGGAGAAUACCAGCCACAUCAUAGGGCAAUUGAGGAAGUCAUCAGGGAAGAACAGGAAGAAGAGGAAGACGUGCAAAGGAAAGAACAUGAAGGAAAAAUACAGCAUGUGGAAGCCUCACCAGAAGGCAGUAAGCUAAAUGUACCAGUUGAGCACACAAAAGUUACAGCUGAAGAUUUGGUCCAGAAAAAUGCAGUUACCAUAGCUACGGAAGAGAAGAAUUUGUCAGAGGAAAUUAAGCAAGAUUUAAGUGAAGAAAAAGAGGAAGAACAGCUCAAACUCAAUGGAGAUGUGUCUCAUGUUGACAUAGAUGUUGCACCACAAAUAAUUUGUUGUUCUGAGCCUCCGGUAGUGAAAACAGAGAUGGUAACCAUUUCAGAUGCCACACAGAGAACUGAAAUCUCCACUAAAGAAGUUCCAAUUGUUCAAACAGAAACUAAAACUAUCACAUAUGAAUCUCCACAGUUUGAUGGCAGUGCUGGUGGCAAUGCUGGUGUGCUGCUGAGUGCACAGACAAUUACAUCAGAGUCAAUUUCUACUACCACAACUACACACAUCACAAAGAUGGUAAAAGGUGGGGUAUCAGAAACAAGAAUUGAGAAACGCAUUGUCAUUACUGGAGAUGCAGAUAUUGACCACGAUGAGGCCCUGGCACAGGCAAUCAAAGAAGCCAAAGAACAGCACCCUGACAUGUCUGUCACAAGAGUGGUGGUGCACAAAGAAACUGAACUUGCUGAGGAAGAUGAAGAGUAAAAUCAAAAAUGCCCUCAAGCAAACACUUCAGAACUAAAAAUGAUACUGACCGCGAUCAUGACCAUGAAGAACUGUAAUCAUUCCAAGUCAUCGCUACUCUACCGAAUUCACCACGCCUAGCAAUGAUGACCAGAUGUUCAAGACUUAAAUGCCAAUACCAAACUCCAUUUUAACAUCUUUGGUCUAUAUUCCCUUACAAUCUUUCUUGUUUAUUUUUUAUAACCACUUCUUAACAAUCUUAGAUUUUUUUAAAUGAAGUUUUAGGGGGUAUGAUCUUCUUUUGCACAAAUACUUGUAUUUUUGAAGCCGAUUCUUAAUUAUAUGAAAGUGAACAAAAAAGAAGCCUGGAAAGCAUUGUUCACUGGAGCAGGUGGUAAUUGUGCAGGAAGGGGGAUCUUAACUAAUUUAGAUAUAGUUUUUUCCAGAUAUUUCAAGUGAAAUCUCUUACUGGAGUUAUUUACAGAUUUUUUUUUUUUUCCAGAUUAUUCAGGUAACUAUAUGGUAUCACAUAACAAAGAUUUUUAUAAAAAUACAACAUUUCCUAAAAUUUGAAAAAAUAUAUUUCUUUGGAUAAAUUUUAUACUGAUAUCUCUGUAACUCUUUCUGUUCUAAGGUUCUCCUCUCUGUGGAGCAGAGAUGGUGCAGCAGUCUGUAGAGGAGAAGGAGUUGCAGACACAUUUCUUCUGACUGAGCACUGUGUUCUUUUUGCACUUUGGUGCCAAUGCUCAACUUUUUGCAGACGUUUUGCUGUCUGCAGCAUUCCAGAUAAGGGAAGAAGGAAGAACAAAAUAUCUUUCUCUUCUUCCUACAAGAGAUGAUCUAGGCAGCUUAAAACCUUAGUGCUUUCUUUCUUACUGUGUCCAAACUUCAACACUUCCAUUAUUUGAAUACGUGUAGAAUGCUUGCUUUCUAUUAAACCUCACCGUCUCCGUGUUAGAACUGACAUUUCUGUUACUGAGAAGGUAUAUGUUUCAGAUGCUUCAUCUGAUGGUUAAUGCAGGUUUUUAGGAUACUGAGUCAGUGUACGGUGGACUUCAUUCAUAAGGUAAUAAGACAGUACCAUCAUUUGAGACUGCCAUUGAGAAAACCUGUUAAUUAUUUUGGAUUUUAUUUUUCUUUUGUUCUUGCAGGGGGGCUGGUUGUUCGGGGUUUUUUUGCUGUUGAUUCUGUGUAUAGUUAAAAUGCCAAAUUAGAUUUAUAGCAGCUUGAAGUUGUAUUAAGUGAUAUUUUGCUUUCUGUAAUUCUGUUAUAAAAUAAAGUUGUUUAUUCUCUGUA